CGGGAGGCGGUGGCGGUAGGAAGCCUGAGGCUGCGGGGUGACAGGUAGGCGGCGGUGCCGUCUUCGGCUGGCGAGGCGGGGGCGCGCGCGGAGCCUGGGGAAGAGGGUUUCCUUCUCCGGCUGCGGACACGGCGGCCGGGAGCUGACGGAGAGUUGGAAAAUAUUUAACUCUCAACAAAUGAAUUCCAUACUUGAACUCUGCCACAUUCCUGUGCCACCUCCUCCUUUAGAAAACUGAUCUUAAGACAGAGAUAAAAAGAAGAAUAGAAGGUAACAGAAGAUGCUGGGAUCAGAACAAGCUGUUGUAGAAGAAUGGUUAUCAGAGUUCAAGGCAUUACCUGACACUCAGAUCACCAGUUAUGCAGCAACUUUACACCGGAAAAAAGCACUUGUACCAGCACUCUAUAAAGUUAUUCAAGACUCAAACAAUGAGCUCCUGGAGCCUGUCUGCCACCAAUUGUUUGAGCUCUAUCGUAGCUCUGAAGUCCGACUUAAGAGGUUCACACUGCAGUUCCUGCCUGAAUUGAUAUGGGUGUACUUGCGACUUACAGUUAGUCGAGACAGGCAGAGUAAUGGCUGCAUUGAAGCACUUCUCCUAGGAAUUUAUAAUUUGGAAAUUGCUGAUAAAGAUGGAAACAAUAAAGUGUUGUCUUUCACUAUCCCUUCAUUAUCCAAGCCUUCAAUAUACCAUGAACCUUCAACCAUUGGUUCCAUGGCUUUGACAGAAGGGGCAUUAUGUCAGCAUGACCUCAUCAGAGUUGUCUAUAGUGACCUUCAUCCUCAGAGAGAAACAUUCACUGCACAAAACCGAUUCGAAGUCCUGAGUUUUCUCAUGCUAUGCUAUAAUUCAGCCAUUGUGUAUAUGCCUGCUUCAUCUUACCAAUCCCUUUGUCGAAUGGGUUCCAGGGUUUGUGUAAGUGGAUUUCCACGGCAACAGGAGAAACAGUGGAAGGAACUCUGUGGUCGAAUAGUAUUAGACCCUGAAUUUAUGGUGCAGCUACUCACUGGACUUUACUAUGCUAUGUAUAAUGGACAGUGGGACCUUGGCCAGGAAGUACUUGAUGACAUCAUUUAUAGAGCUCAGCUAGAACUCUUUUCUCAGCCACUCUUGGUGGCCAAUGCCAUGAAAAACUCAUUACCAUUUGAUGCACCUGAUUCUUCACAAGAAGGCCAGAAAGUACUUAAAGUGGAAGUCACUCCGACAGUGCCGAGGAUCUCUCGGACUGCAAUUACAACAGCUUCAAUCCGUCGCCACAGAUGGAGAAGAGAAGAUGGCUUUGACUUCUCAAACGAGGCUGACUCGAGUAUUCCUGGCUCCCCGAUCCAACACGGCUCCACUGACCUAGGGAUCAAACGUGUGCAAGAGGGGGAGGUGCUGGUGCGCAGGACCCCUGAGCAUGGCUCGUCGGAGCCCAACUCAGCAGCAGCCACAACAGAGGGUGCUGAGGGUCUAAAUGGAGGAGAGGAGUCUUUAAACAUGAAUGAUGCAGAUGAAGGGUUUUCAUCAGGGGCUUCCCUCAGCAGCCAGCCGCAUGGGACCAAGCAACCCUCCUCCUCUCAGAGGGGAAGCUUACGGAAAGCAGCAACUGGGCGGUCUGCUGUCAAAUCCAACGAGAGCCCUCGAGAUUCAGCAGUUCGCAAGCAGUUUGUACAACAACCAGCCGAUCUUAGUAUAGAUUCUGUUGAGCUGACACCGAUGAAGAAACACCUGAGCCUGCCUGCUGGCCAGGUGGUGCCAAAAACCAAUAGUUUAAGUCUAAUUCGGACAGCCAGUGCUUCCUCAAGUAAAUCAUUUGACUAUGUAAAUGGCAGUCAAGCAAGUACCAGCAUUGGGGUUGGCACUGAGGGAGUUACUAAUCUAGCAGCUACAAAUGCUAAUCGAUAUUCAACUAUCAGUCUACAAGAAGACCGGCUAGGUCAUGCUGGUGAAGGUAAAGAGCUCCUCAGCCCAGGAGCCCCCUUAACCAAGCAGUCUCGAUCCCCAAGUUUCAAUAUGCAGCUAAUAUCCCAGGUGUAGUUUUGAUGUCCCCUCAUUCUGCUUACAUUUUAAACUGAACAUUUCAUUGUGCAAGACACUUCAUCCCACAUUGUGAAAAAAUGUCGUUGUAAUCAGAUCUGAUUUAGCUUAGGUAUCUUCAUACUGUAUUUUGUAUGGAAACAGCAAUAAGGUUUUCUUUUCCCUUCUUUAACCUCUCCACCUCUUCCUUGUAAAUGUGUUUGUGAAGCAGUGUAAAAUGUUUGCCUUUCCCAGGCCUUUCUUUCUCCUUGGGUGAUGUGCAAUCCAUCGUAGGCUGAUCGGUCCCAUUUCAACACUGUGAGACUGAGGGUAUGUUAGAGGAAAUGGUGUAUAUGAUCCCUAUGAAAUGAUUCUUUGGCUUUUGUUUAAAAAAAAAACGGGUUUGUUCACAUAAUCUAUGGAACUAUGAAGAUAACUGGAUCAUAUUUUUUUUCUCUCUUAACCAGGAGUGCCUCAGAGAUUCUGCUAUGACUUUGGGCUUCUCUGAGUCUGUGCAAUGUGUAUUCUUGAGAAGCAUGGGGGAAGGUGGUGGACUGCUGCAGUUUUUCAUUAAAAUGAGGCGAACUGCCCCCUCUUUAUCCCAAGGACAUAAAGGUUUAAUUAUUGAGGCAUUUAAAUCAACUUGUGACCACCCCUAUUGGAGGGCGGGGCUCUAAGUUGAUUGUGUAAUGAUAAUGCACUUUCUCAAUGGCUCUCUAGUCAUUAACAACAUGUCUUCCCUCUUCCCACAAGGACUUAAGGACAUUUCUUGUCUUUAAAGUUUGAGCUUACAAAUCAGAGACUCCAAGGGGCAUGUUCUAUUUCCUAGGAAUGAUUGAUAUUAUGGUGCUGGGGUUUUGUGGGGGAAGGGUGUUCUUUGUUUAGUUUUUGUGAGAUUGUAUAUGGGGUGAAGUUAUAAUUGUUUUCUUUUUUUCCUUUCCUUUGUGAGUUGAUGAUGACUGAAGUAGAAACUGUACAUCUUCAGGUAAAAAGAGGGAUUUCUCAGUCCACUUUCUGUGAUGUCAGACUAUUGGAGAAACCCUUUCAGCUGCUUCCUAGAUGUACCUCAAUUCAGUCAGAUAUUGGAUAAAGAAACCUAAAGUCCUGAGAUCAUAUACUCCAAGGAAAUACAUCAGGGAUAGAUAAUUGGUUGAAAACACUGAUGCUUCAAUGUGACACAUUUUUAUAGAACAUUUCUACCAGAGGGUACUGACUUGAUUUCUCCACAAGGACCACACUGCCUUUGUGUUUAAUGCAAUUUGUGUAUCUUCUGAGUAUCUGCAAAGUUUCUUGUUUUUUAUAAAACUUUGAAAUCCUGCCAGUAAGCUAGAUGUUGAAUGUAAGUAGCAUUUGGUAACUGCUAAGAGGCUCCAAAAAUACAUUAUCAGUUUAAACUUGUUUGUUGUGAUUUGGUUGGGAAGAUUUUCUUAGAUAAUCUCUUCUGGGUCUCAGGCUUUGUUUGAAAAAGAAGGGAAUAUAUUGGGAUUUUGAAAAUCAGUAUUGUGACUUCAACUGCUAUGAAUUAUUUAUCUCAAAUAUGAAUUACAUAUGCCCUCAUACAUGUAGACAUUUUAUGUGUUAUUGUGAAAGAAAAUUACACUGCCUUUAUAGAAAGCAAGUGUUCUCUUAAUUGACAAAGUUGUUUUAUCUCUAUUUACAGUAGAAUUUGAUAAAUUAAAUAACCAGGAAAAUGCCUCUUUUUUUCCCUACACAUAAACCACCACUUUUGGAAGAGUUGUUUGUCUGUUUGUUUAUUUGUUUAGGCGGUUUUGUGUCAGAAUAAUUUUUAAUUAGAUUUGAUAGUCUAUAACAUCUUUCAGCUCCCAGCAAAACGGAACCUCGGCUAUUAUCCAUAUCAUUGCCAAACUUUGGAAUAAAGCUAAAAGCUAAUAUGUGAUUUAUUGAUUUUUAUAGUUAGUGUAUGGUAUGUAUAUGCAUUUGUCACAGAUUUAGCCCUAUUUCUAAUAAUUUAACUAAGAGAUACCAAUUAAUCUAAAAAAAAUAAGAUUAUAAAACAGUGAAAACUAGUGAAGUAAAAUGGUUUUCUAAUGUACUAAACAGAGCUGGUUUCUAGUGCAUAAAGGAAGGUGUGAGUCGCCAUACAGCAAUGACCGUACCUGGGCUCAGCUGCACGCGUGUUGGCGACUAAAGCAAGCAUUUGAGUUAACGCACAAAAUACAAAAUAAUUUGAAAUGAAAGCACAAACUGUUAUACAUACAGUAAGAACAUCCUUUGAUUAAAAAUGCUAUAAGUGAAAAGUUGGUUUUAAGAUACCAGGUGUGAUGGUGCACACCUUUAAUCCCUGCACAUGGGAGGCUGAGACAGGCAGAUCUCUGAAUUCAAGGCCAGCCUGGUCUACAGAGAAAGUUCUAGGACAACCAGGGCUAUAGAGGGAAGCCUUGUCUCAAAAAAAAAACAAAAGAAAAAAAGUUUUUUCCUCAUCUUUUUUGGUGUGUGUAGAUUAAUAUUUACACCAAUUAAUAUUUCACAACCCCGUAACCCUUGCUUCCUAUCUUUUUGUUAUGAUGUGGUCUCACUAAGCAAAUCCUCCAUUUACACUUUAUAGCUAGGAUCUGGGAAUUAAUUAUCUGUAUGAAAUAAUAGUCAAAAUGAAAUGAAUUAAACAAACUGGCCAGUUUUCUAAGAAUCGUUUUAGCCACUUUGUGUUGCCAGUAUCAAAUUUAAAAUGGUUUUCGUUUAGUUAUACAGCAGCCGUUACAACUGUAAGCCAGAAGUGUCCAUGCUUCAUCCUUCAACAACUUCCCUUUAAUACUGUUCAGCUUUCAUGAAGCUUCAUCCCACUUAUAGAAAAAGACAUUUAGGAGGAAAUACCUGGUUUAUAUAAUUUAAAAGAAUGAUUGAUGCCAUCUGCACCAGGCCAGAUUAAGGACUACAGCAUCUGAAGGUUUCAGGAGUUCUAAGUGACUUUUAAGUUAAUGUUGCUAGUAAGAAAACAAACAUGUAAAAAGUUAAGUUAGAAGUAAGGUUUUCAAAUAUGGAAAUAUAUUAAGAAACCAGGGAGGGAAGAGUUGUCAUUUAAAAUCUCAGUCCUUGACUAGCAACCCUCUCCUUUCCGAUCCACCUUCAGUGCUAGAAGAGGCCCUACAGGGAAUGAGCUACUCUGUCUGCCGUGCACACAUCCAUCCUCAGGAAACCAAGGCUUAAAGAAGUUGUGAAAUAAGGUCCAUAACUAAGAAGCAUAGCCAUAAUCAAACCUUGUCUCUAGUCAGAUGCGUAUUAAUGCUCUGUUGCCUCCUGUUAGCCAUACUUAAGUAAAUAUGGUAUUUUCCAUAUCUGUAACUUGUUUGUUUCUGGUCUCGUAGUUGGUGACCACAUUAAAAAAAAAAGUAUUAACUCCAUAAAAAAGGUAAAAUAAUAUAGAUGGGGAUGUGUUCAAAAUGUAGGUAUCUGUUAUAGCACAUUAUUCUUUUCUAAUUUAUGCCUUAUGAAUUUUCUACCACAUAACAGUUAUAUGCUGCCAUGUUAUUUGUAUUUGUGGGGAUUUGUUUAAAUAUAAAAUAAACCCAAUGAACUUACUUUGAUCAGUGUUUCUAACUAUUUGAAAGUGAUUUUUGAGUCAUUCAGUUUUUAGUCACCAGAGGUAGGUAACAUACACUGUGGGGGAUUUGAAAAUAAAGAUGAAAUAAAUUCAAUUCCAUUAAUUUUUAAUCUAGAGACUGUUCCUUACUGUGCUUAGAGCAGAUAAAAGCAAUAUUUCUGUAUGUUAUUGAAAAAGAUUUAUAGUGAGUGUGAAGCUUACAAAUCCAUGAACAGUGACCCCUGUGUCAUUUAUAAUAUAUAUACCUUAUAAAAAUGACUCAGGUGCGGUAGUCUCAGCUAUAUAAGCUCAGUAUCUCCACCCGGUAGGUAGUCUCAGUUCCAUUUAGUAGCCUUUGGAUCUGUUAGAAUUAUUUAUUAGAUAUGAGAAUACCGAGAACUCUUUCAAAUUGUUCUUGUUUGCACUACUUUUGUGAAUACUUUAAUGCAAAGGUAUGGUUUUGCUUACCUUGCUUUAUGAGGUUUAUUUGGGUCCACUUUUGAGUACUUCAGUUGUUGGCAAUCAGCUGUCUAUUUAAUUCACUGCAUGUUCAUUUAUAAGUAAGAAUACUAGUUUCUGUCUUUAUGGCUAGGGUAACGUACUGUACAAACACUGGCAAGGAGGACCACUCCAUUUCUGAACUUGGUUACAUUAUAAAGUAAAGUUUUUUUUUAAACCAAAAGUAUAUAUAUUGUUUUUCAAUUUAAAAAAGAUUAAUACAUCAUGCUAGUGAUCAGAAAUUCUACAGGAAUCUUAGUGCAGCUUUUCUGUACUGUGGUAUGUUAAGCAUUUGGAACAGGAGGUUUUCUUUUUUAAGCUUAAUGACUACUGUUUCAACAAGUGAUUGAAAAUUAGCUAUUUGACAAAUACUCUAAAAAAUAGAAUAUUUGCCAGAUUAUAUAAACAUGGAAUACAGUGUAAAGUAAUGCUAAUAAAAUCAUGAGUCAUCAGAUUGGUACAAUUUUCCAUGCAAAUGUGGUAAGACAAAUUUUAGUAUUGUUUAUAUUGUAUCAAUCUGAUGGCUAUAUCACCCUGGUACUGAGCUAUAUAGGAACUAUGUAUAUUCAUAUAGGAGGUACAACCCAGCCUCUUGUCCUUGUAGGUGCAUUGACUAACCCUAACCUCAUAAUGACAAAAUUUUGCAUUUUUUUCUCCAGUAUUUUUGUAAUAUUAGCCAUUUGUCCUGUGAUAAACAUAUACAACACCAAAUAAUUCAGGAUACAGUUUCACAGAAAUCUAGGAAUGAUGUGAAAUAACUGGCAGCAUAGUGCAGAAAGAGUUUCUAUGUUUUGUUUCUGAACUUUGAGAAGAUGGGUUUGUAAUGUUUACAAAUUAAGUUGUAUUCAUAUGUCUGAUGUUGUACUACUGCAUUAGUACGGUUUUACCAAAAAGUAGAAUUAAGUGUAUUUGAGGUGUAAAUAAGUCUUUAAAAAAAAUUGUGUAUCUGGAGGUAGGUCUAACAGAUCUUUUUAUUUACAAAGAGAAAAGAAGCUAAUUGGAUAGUCUAUCCCCAUCUACAGGAUUGCUAUGUGGCUUGCUGUAUUUGAGUGCAAACAGUUCAGUGUUAAUCAUAGCAGAAGACAGUUUUACAUCAUCAUCAAUUUACAAAAUUUACCAAAGAAAAGGUUACUGACCAAAAUUAUUUUUAAAGCACCUGUUAAGGAACGUGCUUCCUUUAAUGUAAUGAUUGCUUUCUAAGCCUGAAACAAAUACUGACACAUUAUUUGAACUGGAAAACACAUAUAUAGUAAAUAGAUAUACAAGAUUCUAUUUUUCCCUACAUCAAUAAGAUGUCAAUACUCCAAUAAAAGUACCAAUUAAAAAAUAAGUCUUAAUUUUAUUCCUUAUAACAUAUUUUUAUUAAAAUUGAGGAUUUUGCUUAUCAGUAUUGAAUAUAAAGGGGGUAACUCCUGAAGUUGGUAUGUUGUAUAUUGUGAGUUUAGAUAAACUUAUAGGGGAAAUUAUUGAAAGGGUACCCCUCAAUGGGCAAUGGCAUUUAUUUCUAGUGUAAUAUUAGCUAAACUGGUAUGGCUAGUUUACAUUGAUUUGUGUAUGUAUUUGCUCUUGACUGCUUUUUGUCUUUGUAUUUAAAACAUGAUUGGGUUAAAGGAAGCUAAAAUAUUUGCUUCUAAAAUAUGUAGGCCAAAAACAUCUGAAGGGUUUAAGCUAUUUAAUGAUAUCUUAAAUCAUGAAACAUAGUUGGGUUUUUAAACUGCUGUUCCACAUUAGUAACACAUUACUGUUAAUAAACAUUGGACUUGGCAUGGUGGCACAUGCCUUUAACAGGGAUUAACAGACAGAUCUCUUGAAUUCAAGGCCAGCCUAAUCUACAGAGUUGAGUUCCUGGGCAGCCAGGGCUACAUGGUGAAACCUGUCUCAAAACAACAAACAAAAAUGUAUUGCUCUUGGGAAGAGAAGAUUGGCUUUCAAAUAAUGACUGAUAAUGCUUUGAAUUUUUUAAAAUUUUAUUAUCUAAGUAGAAUGCAAAGAUAUGUUCAAUGUGGUGUUAAAAAUAUUAGUAUGAAAUUCAUCCGUGUCUUAUACUGGAUCUUUUUGGUUCUUCUAAAAACUAGGCUUGGCUUUACAUUUAGUUUAAAAUUGGUUAAAUGAAACUGCUUUUACAGUGCAAGGAUUUUACUACCUUGGCUGUCUGUAAUGUGAUUUCUGUAACAGGUAAACAGACUACCCCACUUACAUUAUUUGUUUCAUAAAAGGAUAUAUUAGAUCAGCCUGUUGUUGUUUUUAACCAUCAAUUUAUAGCUUAGUAUAAACUUCCCAACUGUUGAGAGGAUUCUGCUGGUGAAAAGUCUAGGCAGGAGUGUAAAAAGAAUGAUCUUAUUGACAGACGUCCUUUCAAUUUAGGACUAGUGGAAAAAUCUUUUUUCCAGAGCUGAAGAAAAAAAUGCACACGUAAGAUCCUAUGUAUUGGUGCAUGUGAGCCAUUGUCUUGUCUUAUCCAAUGGAUUGAUGCUGUUAAUAGUUGACAUGUGAAGUGUGUCACUGUUAAACUUGUAAAUAUCUGCCAGAGGUGAAAAUAUUUUAAGUUAUUGUAAAUAAAGAUGUAUAAAAUCCAGUAUCAGUCUGCAAUGCAGAAGCAUAACAUCUCAGAUGUUAAAUAUUGUGUCUUUUCAGGGAUGUGUUAUUUCUCCCUUGAUGUAUCUAGCUACAUUAAGAAUGUAAAUUUUCUUUUGUACAGUAUAAAAAUACAGCUUUAUUUGCCUUUUAA